AUGGAGGUCUUCUUCGUGGAUGACUCAUCAAGUAAACAUCGAGAGAAAGCGCGUUCAUUCGUGGCGAAGAACGCGAUUAGGAGACGAGUCAAGGAACAGGAGGCGGCAAGGAUCAAGUCCACAUGGACGGUCACCGUUGACAGGCAGAGGAAAGACACUCAAUCCAGAUACCAUGACAAUCACGACAAAACAUUGGGAUCGAGCACACAUAUGCCAAGACCAAUAUUAGUGCCGCUUAUAAAAUACGAUAAUGUGGCUGUCUCCAAUAACAGCACAUCAAAACCAAAGGGCAUAUGGGGUGUCAGCAAUGCAAUCUGUCCCAACCCUGGACAAGCAGCUCGCAGCGCAUUUCGAACAAGCAAUGUGGCGUCCUUUAUCCAGUCGGCUACGAACAUGUUCAACAAGGCGAAGUUUGGCAAGUUCAACAGUCCCGAAGAGCAGAAUAAACUACAUAUCAUGGCUCUUACGUAUCGAGGAGAAGCCAUGAAAAUGGCUCGGAAGCAGUUAUUCAUCUCUACAACAGCUUCUUCUGAGGACACUUCCAGCUCCGCCCGAAUCCGGCAAGAUUUGAUUGUGGAAUCUCACUUUCUUAUUAUUUUGCAGCUUGUCCUGAUGGAUUAUAUCUUCUUUCCAGCGCAGGCUCGAGCUCAUUUCGCGGCUAGCAGAGAGUUUAUACGCUCAUGGGCGGCUAGCUCGCAGGAUACUUCCGGCGCUAUCAGAAUACCGACUUUUAUUCAUAACCAUUCGAUAACACAAAUUGUGGUCGCCUUUGACAAUGCGCACCUAGGGCCGGAUAGCCUCAUUUGGGAUCGAAGCGACCUUCCUGCAUUACAAAAAGCUCUACAUAGUUUUAUGACUAGACUGUUAGAGGCUGGUCCAUCGAAGACAGCAACGAUGUACAAGUCUCGGAUUGAUCCAGAAAGUCUGGUGUGGCGCAGCCUCACAAAAACACCAGGAGUUAUUCCAUACGAUCGAGGAAAUUAUCUCUCCGAAUCUCAAGGACAAAUGGCAUCUAUCAUGCUGAUUUGUUCAGUCUUCAUGGACUACGCGUCAUCUUCUGGUGUUCCACAACAGUGCUUGUCUGAUCUCGAGAGCGCCAUGAUCUCCCUCGGGGACGAAGCUCUUGUGAGUGCGCUCAACUUGGCGUGGAUGAUGGGAGGAGGAGUCGGUUUGCCGAUUGAAAACCGGCGAGAACGACUUUACGCGACAGGGGGAAUGCUAUAUGUAUUCCGGGGACAGCAACAUCCUCUUGAUGACGACUCGGAUCUAAUGAAUCGGCUUGACAAUCAGUGCGAGUUCACGGAGGAUGAAUUCACCAUGUCGUCGCCACUACCUUCCGGGUAUCGGAAACUCUCAGAACGAAUUCUCAUAUGGGAGCCUCGACAAACUACACAGUCAGGGGAUGAGAAAAGCCCUUCAAAGACGACAGACUUGUCGAACGAUUCAUCGCCAGAAGUCAUACUCGUAUUCACAUGGGCAGACGCGCAAUCUCGCCACUAUGCCAAGUACAUCGAGGGGUAUCAGAAUCUCUAUCCGAAUGCAAAAAUCAUCCUCACAACAGCAACCACCCUAGGAACGUUCUUUGGUGGUCAAAAAGCGGCUCAAUACAUAGUCAAGGACAUGGUUCACAAGGAGCUUGCACCCUUGUAUGAGCAGAGCGGUGACUCUUCGAUCUCUGGUCCUCGAAUGCUUGCACACGCCUUCUCCAACAGUGGUGCCCUGAACCUGGAAGCAACCUGGUGUCUCUGGAAAGAAGCUUUUGGGCCACAUGCACCACUACCUCUGACAGCAUUGGUCCUUGACUCAACACCCGGUGGUCUCACAUACAAAACCGAGUUUACUAGAUGGACAACCGGUGUCUCUCUUGGCAUCGAGCCAGUACUACCUAAACCUAUUAGCUGGGUUAUUGCAGCGGUUAUUGUGACAUUCCUUAUGGUAGCCCCACAGGUUCUUGGGAUCGAAAUUAUGGCUACACGCGGUCCCAGAGGAGUGAACUCGGCACGAAACAUCCCGCGGGAUAGCGCGCGACUGUAUAUUUAUUCGACUUCGGAUAAGCUUAUACACCAUAAGCAUGUCGAGGCUCAUGCAGAAAUUGCCAGGGAGAAAGGGUACUCGAAUCUGAUUCUGGAGCGGUUCGAUGGAUCAGCGCAUGUUUCGCACUUAAGGUUGGAUCCGUCGAGGUAUUGGAAUGCUGUAUGGAAGGUGUGGAACGCAGCUAGCAGGACAUAG